GUAAUAAAGCACUAUUUGAUUACACGCUACUAUCUGUCGUGGCUUCUCGAUAAUAGGAUGUUUAAGCGGUUAUCUGUGUGCGUGACAUUAUGGAGUCCAGUGAUUACAAAAACAAGUUUAAAACGUUGUUUGACAAACUUUUACAAAACGAGUUUGAACUAAGUGCUAAACAUUCUGAGGACUUGCUUAAAUAUCUGGAUGGCAGCCAAGACAAAUGUGUUGCGAAAAUUUUGGAGACCCCGUUCUUCGCAAAUUUGCUUAUUUAUGCAAUAAAAAAUAAAGAGUUCGCAUCCACAUCGGUGAAGAUAUUUUACUCGAAGCUCGUGAGAAACGUGUUGAGCAAUGAGGUGUUCUUCAACCGAUUUCAAGAGAUGCAGGGCUUCGAGUUGCUCCUGGAUCUCGGCCGCACAGAGUCUGCCGCCGCCGACACGCCCCCCGAGCUGCGGCUAGCCUCCGCCCAGCAGCCGCUGGGGUUGAUCAAUCACUACUCGGGCGUCAAGCACAUCGUUAAAAGUAAAAUCUACCAAUGCGCCUUGAGCUCUGUCUCACGACACAAAUCCCCAGGAAUUGCAGCAGUCAUAUAUGAAUUUAUUACGAAAUUAGUAUGGAAAUUAAACGAGUUUGAAGAAGAAGAAGAAUUGUUAGAAGUCCUAAAAUUCAUUGUAAAACCUAUAUUGGAAUGUUCACCGCCUAGCCCGACAACAGAAGCGGAAAGUGUCAUGGUCGGCUCGGAGUCUCUAUUGCAGUCCCUGCGUGCGUUAGUGCACAUAUUAGGAGAAGUGGAGCAUUUGUCGGAGCCUAAUAAUGUAGUGUCGAUGCUGUCGCAAGUGUUUUCCAUAGAGAGUAAACUGAAUAGAGCCCUGGAGGCGGCGCGGGAGCCGGAGCUGGCGCGCCUGCUGGCCGAGGCCACGCUGCGCUACUACUACGCCGCCAGCCGGCAGGUCGCGGCGCUGCGGCCCGACUCCGCGACCCGCGUCAACAAAGAGCUAUACAACGCCGUCAACAAAAUAACGUCUACAUUAAUAAAGAAGGGGCCUUUCUCGACCCUCCUAGAAUUCCUCUACCAAUGCCACGCCUUCUGGUACAAAGUGGAACAGGUCGGGGGACAGGUAACGUUCGAAAAAUUUGGAAAGAAGUUCAUAUUUGAAAAUUAUUUCAUACUCUUAAUUUUACUACCUUUAUUUCUUAAGCAAAAGUAUGGCGAAAGGUUAGUCCGCGAUCCUACGAUGGAGGAUGCGACAGAAAUAUUUCACAGCGAACUGGCCCAGAAAUUUCCCUACGAUAUCGUGAUCACGGCUUACGACAUGAGGGAUUUAGUAACAGAAUCGACGGGGAAUAAUGUAUCAUUGGCGUGCGCUCACUCGUUGCGGGAGCUGCUGCGGCUGAAGAGGCUGCUGAGCCGGCAGCAGGCGGGCAUGGUGUACCAGACGCUGUUCUACACGCUGAGCGAGUUCGUGCUGUCGGACGGCGCGGACCUGGUGCUGCUGGCCAACCCGCUGCGCACGCCCGACGACGUGCGCUUCCUCGCGCUGCUGCUCGACGCCGUCGCCAUGCUGCUCGACGAGCACCAGCUCAACUGGCACGACAGCCUGGAGAUCGUGGAGCUGCAGGCGGCACUCGUCAAUCUGAUAAAGCAGGACAUCCUGCCCCCAGAGCUGCUGGUGCAAGCGCUGGAGCUGCUGCGGCGGUGCGUGUGCAAGCUGCUGUCGCCGGAGCUGGCGCUGCUGAUGCAGCCGCAGCGCGGGGGCUCGCUGAGCGAGGCGGCGGGCGCGGCGCGCCGCCUGCUGCAGCGCCCGCACGGCGGCACAAGGCUCGCCUCGCUGCACUUGAUCCUGAGCUUCAUGGAGGUUGCUUACGUCAAGUUCAUGCCGCUCCGCGCCCUGAUCUCGGCGCACGGGCUGCUGUGCGGCGCCGCGCAGUGCGCCACCAAGGACCCGGACGCGCGCGCGCAGGCCGCGGCGCUGCGCUGCCUCAUGGCCGCGGCGGGCCUAGAGGACUUGUGGACCGAGAUGCUCGCACAUUGCAAGAAUUUAUAUGAGCAACUGGUAAGCAUAUUGCGGCACAACCCCGACGGAGAAGUGCGUAAAGAGGCAGCCAAUGUACUGACCCACGUGUACAUCAACCGCCGGGUCAACCAGGCCUUCACGAGCCGCGUGUCCAGGGCCAUGGCCCGGGCGGCCACAGAAGACCCCUACUGGCCAGUUCAAAUGGCAGCGCUCAACUUCUGGAAGCAACUGAUGAAGACACAAUGCACAGACAAAGGAAUGAUCGACGGCGUUUUCCCCGCUGUCACCUUCAGCAAGGAAAAGAGGAAGAUCAUAGUUUUGAACGACAAAGAAAUACAUAAACAACUAGAAAUCAUCAUGGACAAUCUGUCGAAGACGGGCUGCUUGGCUGUGUUGGUUAAAUGUAUGAAUUCGAGCAACAGAGAAGUGAUGGAAAAGGCAUAUAAAUUGAAUAGUCGAGUAGUAGACGCUUUAGAUCUUUAUAAAUUUAGACACGACCCGAGGGUUACGGACAGUCCUAGUCCUACUUCUCCUGAAGCGACGAAAAACCGGUCGAUGAAGGCAGACAUAGGGACUUUGAUAGAUGAAUUGGUAGCGUUGUGA